AUUUUAAACAUAUUCUACGUCUCUCUCUAUAUAUAUAUGUUAUAUACACACACUCAAGUAUAUGAUGCAGUGGAGUCUCCUCUCUGCAUGAACGAAUAAAAAACAUCACCAUCUCUUUCUUCUCUCUCUUUAUUUCAAGUUUCCAAAAAUGGAAGGUUUGUGUUUAAACUCUUUCACUCGUGUUCUACUCUUGUUGUCCGUUUUCUUGGUUUCUUCUCAUACAUGGCAACGUGUCAACGCGGCCGAACCGGUUUUGGAGCUGGUAAAAGGCUUUGAAGCUAAACCGGACCCGUCCAUCGACUCGUUCCAGCCUCUCCUCACUGACCCUAACGGGAACUUCUCAUUCGGGUUCUUACGCGUAAACAGGUCGCGUCUCUCUCUCGUCGUAACCCACCACAACUUGACGGAUCCUCUCUGGGUUCUCGACCCGACCCGUUCAGCUAGCUGGUCGCACAAAACGAAGCUCUUCUUUAAUGGCAGCCUCGUUAUUUCCGAUCCUUCUUCGAGGUUAGAAUGGUCAACUCAAACUAACGGAGACCGUCUCAUCCUCCGUAACGACUCGAAUCUCCAAGUGGUGAAUACGACGUCGUUCGCGGAGUGGGAGAGUUUUGAUUAUCCCGGAAAUACCCUCGUAGAGAACCAGAAUUUCACGUCUGCCAUGGCUUUGGUUUCACCCAACGGUUUGUAUUCGAUGCGGUUAGGUAGGGAUUUCAUCGGUUUGUACGCUAAAGUGAGCGAUGAUUCUCAACAGUUCUACUGGAAACACAGUGCUCUUCAAGCCAAAGCCAAAGUCAAAGACGGAGCCGGUCCAAUUCUAGCUCGGAUUAACCCCAAUGGUUAUCUCGGUAUGUACCAAACCGGAAACAUACCAAUCGAUGUUGAAGCGUUCAAUAGCUUUCAAAGACCGGUUAACGGUUUACUAAUUCUCCGAUUAGAAUCCGACGGGAAUCUCCGGGGAUAUCUCUGGGACGGUUCUCACUGGGCGUUGAACUACGAAGCGAUCCGCGAAACUUGCGAUCUCCCAAAUCCGUGUGGUCCGUACAGUCUAUGCACGCCUGGAUCGGGUUGUUCGUGUAUUGACAACGGAACAGUGAACGGAGAGUGUAAUCACAUGCCGUCCGGGCCGGCUGAUUUUUGCGGCAAGGCAACGGAGUACAGAGCGGUGAGACGCGACGGCGUUGAAGUGCCGUUCAAGGAGCUGAUGGAUCAUAAGACGACGUCGUCUAUAAGAGAGUGUGAGGAGAUGUGUGUUGAAGACUGUAAGUGUUUCGGGGCGGUUUAUAAUAACGGGUCUGGGUUUUGUUAUUUGGUUAAUUACCCGAUCCGGACGAUGUUGGGCGUUGAGGAUCCGAGUAAAUUGGGUUAUUUUAAGGUAGGUGAAGGUGUAGGGAAGAAAAAGAGUCGUGUUGGAUUAACCGUUGGGAUGUCACUUCUGGCUGUGAUUGCGUUGGUUUUAAUGGUGACGAUGGUUUACGUCGGGUUUAGGAAUUGGACAAGAGAGAAACGAGUACUAGAGGAAGAUGGUGGGUUAUCACCCGGCCCGUAUAAAAAUCUCGGGUCGGAUAGUUUUAGUUCCGUUGAAAUGAGUCGGAGAUGAUAGAGAUAGCUUUCUAGUUUUUUUUUUUGGGUUGUUCUCAUUUUUUUUUUUAUUUACAAGAGGUAUGUAUU